CCUGCUAUGGACGGCGGUCUCUUCGUAGAUAUCUACACCCUCUAUGGCAUCUGGCUUGACACCCCGCGUGGCCCCGCAAUGCUUCCCUCGGACAACUGUCUACCCCUCGACUACCUCCUUAAACAGGAAUUAUCCCGCUGGGAAUCCGGCCGCUACGUCUACGAUUCCAGUGUAGAAGAAGGGCUCAGAGUCCAAAAAUGGGUCCCCAUCCCUGCCACCAUCGAGGGGGCGGUGGCUUAUUUCCCCAACCUGCAAGUCGUAGAAGCUAUCUCGGAGUGGGAGCGCUUGCUCUGCGCGAUCGAGUCCAAAAUGCCCUCCUCGUCAAUUCGGACUCCGGAAGGAGAAAACUCAGAACGAGAACGCGGGGAGCCCAAGUUCGCCAAGCAUUUCCUAAGCCGUGCACGAAGACCUAUGGGAUGGACUUUUGUAGCGCCGGGCAUUGGCACUUUCACCAACGAAAGCCUGUGCGAGGCAUAUGCGACGGAAGCAGAAGAUACAUUCAGGCGUAUAUUCACGACUUCGGAGGAAGGUGAAGAUUGGGUUACCCUACUUCUUCCCAGCCUCUCCGGCGACAAAAGACCAGUCACGGUUCCGACGGAUCCCUUCGGAUUUGGAAAGGCUACGGUUGGGCGACGGGCAGGGCUGUAUACCUCCUGGGCGGACGAGUGGGACGGAGACUUGGUGCAACUGGUGUGUCCGUCUGGGCGGCAGAACGCUGGUGUGUUCAGUGGUCCAUGUCCCUGGGGACCCAGCAGAAUGCCUCGGUUGGCUGAGUUGCUGGGCCAUUGGGCGAACUUAGUCGAGGACGGAGCCUGGUGUAUAGAUGCAGAUGGUGUCGAGGAGGAUGCUAUGUGGUUCGAC